AUGGGAGACUUUAUUGUGACUGUCAUUGACCAAGACACUGCUGUCUCUUCCAUGCUGAUGGCAGCUUGCUAUGAGUUAACCUUGGAUACCCACAUCAUGGUGUCUCUGUACCCAUCACUUUCUGCCACUCUUAUUGAGAAGACACCAUCUCAGGUUCCAAAUCAGAGUCAUAGCCUGUUGCUUCCCGACCAGGAAGGGAGCCAGACAUACUCUCGUAUCGUCUCCUCUUCUCGUCUAUCUUUUGUUGAUAUUUCUACUUCGCUGACCAUGUCAGAAAAUUUUCAAAAUCCAUCUGCAUUGGGAACUGCACAUUCUCUGCAGCUUCCCCUUUCCGUGGUGAACAAUGCAGCUUCCCUAACAGGAAGUGUCUGCAACUACUCCAGAGUAUCUGCUCCAGCUGGUAGUUCUGCUUGGCCCCUGCCCUCAGACUCUGGCACCUCUUUCCAAUCACUGAUGGGUAGUGCCUAUCUUGACCAACGUUCUAGCAGAACAAUGCUGUCUGGAGUGUCUGGCCAGAGCCAGAUGUCCACUUCAGCUGCUUCCUGCCAGAGAGUUUUGGAGUGGGAUAUUGCAGGAAGUGCUGAAAAGAAGUCUUCCAUGGGAGACUUUACUGUGACUGUCAUUGACCAAGACACUGCUGUCUCUUCCAUGCCGAUGGCAGCUUGCUAUGAGAAAACCUUAGAGAGCAACAACACGGUGUCUCUGUACCCAUUACUUUCUGCCACUCUUAUUGAGAGGACACCAUCUCAGGUUCCAAGUCAGAGUCAUAGCCUGUUGCUUCCCGACCAGGAAGGGAGCCAGGUGUAUCACUAUCAUCAGGGCACCCAGGGACCUCUCCUUUCUGGAGAACUAGAUCCCUGCCUGCAAUCCUAUGGCUCCAUGACAAUCACAGGAGGUAGGGGCUUUGCCCUCCCAACCUACAGCAAUGCAUCCCCAGAAAUGGUUAUGGUUCUAAAGGAGUUCCAGCCCCCAAAGAACCGAUCACUAGCCUCCACCACUGGAAUCUGCUACUCGGUCUCUGCUCAACCCGUCACAGAUUCGAGUUAUCAAGUGAUGAAUUCCAUGGGGAUGGAGACUUCCAUGGUAUUACUACCUUCAAGUCAGACAUUUUCUCUGACACAAACUUCAGAAUUGCCCGAGUCUUGCAGUAGCAGGAAUCAAAUACUUGACAGGGACACACCACCUGAACUUGGGGAUGUCCCUAUAAGAGCUCCAGCCCAAAGGAACCUGGCGCUUCCUCCAUCUUCAAUUCAGGACCAAACAGAUAAGAGUUUGGAUGAGAUGAAAAUUGGGCUUUCAAUGUCUCUGGAUACCUUGAAGAUCCCAAUAGAAAACCAAGAUCCUCAACUGUGCCCUUUAGAAAUGCCCGAUAUCCACCAGCUCCUGGCCUGCAUUGACCCUCUCAGCCAGGAGCAACAGCCUGGCACUGAAACUACUGGUCAGGAAAAGAAUGGUCUAUGUUUUGAGGACCCAGGAACACUUGAAAGUGGGAUUGAACCUGGCAGUAGUUGUGAAGAUACCACUACACUGGUGGAAGAUAUACACCUUCCCCAGAUCUUUGAUCACUUAAAAGACCUAGAUCAAUGCAAAGAUCUGCAGGUAAUGAACACCACAGAUACCAUCACUCUGAAUCAGGUGCAAGAAAAUGCAAGUGGCACAAAGAGACCCUCCCAUCCAACCCGGAAGAACAAAAAUAAGGCCUCUCAUCCUCUUGAGGGAGAACCCAAGGCCAAAAUCCCGUCAAAAAACCCAGAACGCUUGCCUGGGCGAGAAGUGAUUGUUUGCAAAGCUGCAGUCCGUGAUAGAUGUCCUGUGACCAUGGCCAAACAGAACAGAAAACCUCAGAAAGCUGCAUCCAGCAGGAUCAGCAAGACAAAUAGCCAUGGGCUGGGGAAGACAAAAAAGGCCAGAGAAAACUCUAAGGAAGCUGAGAAAAGUAAGCAGCCAGGGAACAAGGUCCAGAGAGAAGAGAAGCCCACCAUUGCCAGGAUAAAACGCAAGAAAAGUGAACAUGAGCUUUGCCAAGAGGCCUUUAAAAAGCCCCGCAGCUGCCCAGCCAUGCGCAUGCUGGAGUCUGUGCAAGUGUUUCACACACUGGAGAAGAAGAGUGAUCAAAAGCCUGGAUUCUCUUCCUCCCGGGUCCUGGAUAGCUCAAAGAAGCCCAAAGAUUUCCAUCCAUCCUCAGCUGGCAAACCCUGUCUAGGUGCUACAAAGGAUGGAAAAGUUCUUGAGGAAGAUCAGGUCAGAACGCAGAAACCAAGUAGCAGUGCCGAAGAACGCUUGUCUCCAUCCCAGUAUGAGCUGCCACCUCCUGGGAAGGUCAAAUUGAUACCUUUGCCAUUUCUAACCAUGGAGAAGCCACGAGCUCGACCUGUUCCUCGGAGACCACAGUCUCUGGCUUCACAUCGUCCAGCUGCAGCUCACCCUGCCAGGCCUGGCUCUGCCAACUCAGCUCAGCCAACUGCCUCCAAUUCAUCCUGGCAAACUACUGCAUCUUUGCCAGGUCCUGCCAAGCCAGUUCAGCCCAUUUCGACCAACCCAUCUGGACCAGGCAUACUGAACCCUACUAGCCGGCCUAUUCCUCAGCCUGCAACUUCUAGACCUGCUCCCUACAGGACAACAGCUAGCACUUCUCUCCAGCGGGAGCCUCUUCCUGUCACUGUGACCAAGCACCAGGCUCCAGCCAAAUGUCAGAGUCAGUUUCUACUCCAAGACUUCCGUUUCCAACCAAUUCCAUGGAGAAAGCCCAAUGUUCCCGAGCCAGUAAUGUCAAAGCCCAUAACAAAAGAGCAAAGACCAGAGCGUGAGGCUAUGAAAAGGAAGGCUCAGCAGGAGCGUGAGAACGCUGCCAAAUGCACCUCUUUGGGGAAAGUGCAGAUUUUUAUUGAGAGAGAAGAAGAGAUGGACAACUCUCGAUACUGUGGCUUCGUAAUGUGA